AUGAAGCGUCCUACUUCGCUCAACCAAGCAUGGGCUGUGUUAAUGGGACGACGUGCCUGUUGGACGACAUCAGCGGCAAGCAUCGUCCACGAUCAUCAUCUCGUGUUGCAAACCUGCGGGGUGCAAAAUGCUAUGGCCUAUGAUACGACGACCCAUCCCGGCUGGUGUGGUUGCAGCACACCUGUGUGGACUCGACGGCGAUGGCGCGCCCGAUUUCUUGGGUCAGAAUCCACAGCAGGAAGUACUUACCGACUUUGCUUGUGUCACUCGGCAGAUGACUGUGCGUCUCGCGCAUCCUUUGCUGUGGAUGUGGGCUCCAAAGACAUUAGCAGCGGCCGAACGCGCGUCAGUGGUCAGAACUGCUUUAUCUGCCGAUUGGUUUUGACGCCAGCAAUUCGAGACUCUCUCACCACCCGAGCAAAGCGAACUUCUGGCAACGGCCAUGCUUGUGUUGGAGAACUUGAGUCUCUUGCUGACAACAGCACUUGCGAGUUGGUUUCACAGUAA